AUAGUGCGUUGUAAAUUAAUUAUUUAUUAAUUAAUUUUGUUUAUUUUACUUUUAUUUAAAUUACAGACUGUAAUAUUUAUAACUAUUCUAUUAUUAAUUAUAAUUAAAAUAGAGCGUAUUAAUUUUUAUUAUUUCUAUUAAUUAAAUAAAACUUAGAAAGUAAUAAUUUUCUUUAAAAUUAAUCAUUUAACUUUUUAAUAAAGGAAGAAUUUAAAUUAUUAAUUUUAAGUAAAUUAAAGUUAAAAAAUAAAUUAUUAUCAAAAUAUGAUUAUGAAAUUAAAAAAGCCUAACGUAAAAUGAUUUAUAAAUCUACUAAUCUAAUUAAAUAUAUAUCCUUAAUAAUAAAGAACAUUGUAAACACUUUCUCUAAAUAAAUUAAAAAAACAUAGAAUUGCAAAUGCGUAAAUUCUUCAUAUAUUAUCUUAUUUUUAAUGAAUUUAAAUAAAAGAAAAUUGUUGUAUUUAAAUUUUUAUUAGUUUUUCUUUUUUAAUAAACUUAAUAUAGCAACAAGUAAAUAUUAAAUUACAAAUAAUGGAAAAAGUAAUUAAUAUUGA